GUUGACGCUCGACGCCACGCCCUGCGCGCGCAGAUCUGACUCACGACGACGCGCUUCAUCCUGCGCACAGUCAUCCCUCACAAGAACAGCGGACUCCAGCCAUGGCAGAAUCGGAGACGCGUCAGAGGCUGCUGCGCAACGUUAAGAAGGAGGUCAAGCAGAUCAUGGAGGAAGCUGUGACACGCAAGUUUGUGCAUGAAGACAGCAGUCGCAUAUUCUCUUUCUGCGGUGUGGUGGAAGCGUGUGUUCUUCAUGGGCUGAAGCGACGGGCCGCUGGAUUCCUGCGCAGCAACAAGCUGGCGGCUCUCUUCAUGAAGAUGGGGAAGAUGUUUCCACCAGCCGAGGAACUCUGCAGGAAAGUGCAGGAACUGGAGCAAAUCAUUGAGAACAAACAGAACCAGGGUCAGAUGAGUCAAGAGAGCGUCCGGAAACAUUCCCGGUCUCUAAACCUGUCUCCGCUGGCCAUCAAACACCUGUGGAUCCGCACGGCCCUCACAGAGAAGCUCCUGGACAAAAUCCUCCUGUAUUUGGUGGAGAACAGCAGCAAGUUUUAUGAAAGAGAAGCUCUGCUGAGAGAUCCAGUUGACGGCCCAAUCCUCGCAUCUUUGCUUGUCGGUCCCUGUGCUCUGGAGUACACAAAAGCCAAGACGGCCAAUCAUUUCUGGACAGACCCCUCGGCUGAUGAACUGGUGCAGAGACACCGCAUUCACAGCGGACACUGCCGGCAGGAUUCUCCAACCAAACGCCCAGCGCUCAUCCAGAAGAGGCAGUCGAGCGGCAGCAUGGACGACCGGCCGUCUCUGUGGGCGCGGGAUUAUGUCGAAUCUCUUCAUCAGAACUCCAGAGCCACGCUGCUCUUUGGGAAAAACAAUGUCCUGGUGCAGCCGACAGACGACAUGGAAGCAAUCCCAGGAUACCUGUCUCUUCACCAGACGGCCGAUCUGAUGACGCUUAAGUGGACACCGAACCAGCUGAUGAAUGGAAACAUGGGGGAGCCUGAUUAUGAGAAAAGUGUAUAUUGGGAUUACGCCAUGGCCAUUCGUCUGGAGGAAAUCGUCUAUUUGCACUGCCAUCAGCACGUGGACAGUGGAGGUACUGUGGUUUUGGUCAGUCAGGACGGGAUCCAGAGGCCUCCGUUUCGCUUUCCUAAAGGCGGUCACCUGCUUCAGUUCCUCACAUGUCUGGAGACGGGCCUCCUUCCUCACGGUCAGCUAGAUCCUCCGCUCUGGUCCCAAAGAGGAAAGGGAAAAGUGUUUCCAAAGCUGCGUAAAAGAAGCCCACAUGAAUCCAGCGAGUCGUUCUCAGACAAAGAUGAAGACGAGGCCACAGAUUAUGUGUUUCGGAUCAUAUAUCCUGGCAGUCAGGAGUUCGUGGGACCGGAGCUGAUGGAUCAGACGGUGAACAUGUGGCAGCCCACGCCCAGGCAGUCGUCUUGUCCUUCCUGUUCACAGAAUGGCUCUUCAGACGGUGGCCUUCCCAACGGAUGCAACCAUGACAGGGCUCCGCUGAAGCUGCUCUGCGAGACCAUGAAGCACCAGAUCAUCUCUCGAGCUUUCUACGGCUGGCUGGCGUACUGCCGUCACCUGUCCACUGUCCGCACGCACCUGUCUGCUCUGGUGAACCCCACCAUCAUUGAGCCUGACAUCCCUUAUGAUGCCAGAGACGGUCUGUCCACAGAAGUGUGGAAGAGCUUUCUACAGGACAGCACUGCGUUCGAGGAGGAGGAGCUGCUUCGGCUGGUGUAUUAUGGCGGCGUGGAUCCAUCUCUGCGUAAAGAGGUCUGGCCCUUCCUUCUGGGCCACUAUCACUUCAGCAUGAGCCUCACAGAGCGCAAAGAGGUGGAUGAGCAGGUUCGAGCCUGUUAUGAGCAGACCAUGAGCGAGUGGCUGGGAUGUGAAGCCAUCGUGCGUCAGCGGGAGAAGGAGCAGCACGCAGCUGCUCUGGCCAAAUGUGCCUCAGGCGCCAGCGGGGACCACGGCUCACGCCAGGACUCCACCAUCAGCACGGAUUCAUCUCAGAGCAGCAGCUCCGAGAAACAGAGUCACGCCGGAUCACACAGCGACUCCAACAGCAGCACUCAGGUGUUCGGCUCUGUAGAUGAGGUGGACCCGAUCGAAUCAGAGCCCAAACCCAAAGACGAGAAACCACAGCCCAAAAUCCCAAAUGGCACUCUGCCCAAUUGCACCAGUUCUCCAGACUCCGGACACCCUUCAUCCCGUAACUUCUCCGUGACCUCGGCCCUCUCAGACUGCUCUCCGAGCACAGAGGAGACAUCCACACAAGAGUCAGGGUCCAAAACCGCCGGCCAAAAGCCACCGUCAGGAGACCAGACCAAAGAGGAGCGAGCGGAAAACAGCUCCACUACUCAGGACACGGUCAAAGAAUAUGCUGAGGUUUCACAAACAGAGAGCGUUAUAAAAGCUGCAAUAAAGCCUCUAGAAAGUGACAAAAUGCAGACUUUGAAUUCAGAAGACGGCAAACCCCAGACUUUGAAUUCAGAAGACGACAAACCCCAGACAUUGAAUUCAGAAGAAGAAAAACCCAAGACUUUAGAUUCCCAGACUUUGAAUUCAGAAGAAGACAAACUCCGGACUUUGAAUUCAGAAGAAGAAAAAUCCCAGACUUUGGAUUCCCAGACUUUGAAUUCAGAAGAAGAAAAACGCCAGACUUUGGAUUCAGAAGAAGAAAAACCCCAGACUUUGGAUUCCCAGACUUUGAAUUCAAAAGAAGACAAACUCCAGACUUUGAAUUCAGAAGAAGAAAAACACCAGAUUUUGAAUUCAGAAGAAGAAAACCCCCAGACUUUGGAUUCCCAGACUUUGAAUUCAGAAGAAGACAAACUCCGGACUUUGAAUUCAGAAGAAGAAAAACCCCAGACUUUGGAUUCCCAGACUUUGAAUUCAGAAGAAGACAAACUCCGGACUUUGAAUUCAGAAGAAGAAAAACCCCAGACUUUGGAUUCCCAGACUUUGAAUUCAGAAGAAAACAAACUCCGGACUUUGAAUUCAGAAGAAGAAAAACCCCAGACUUUGGAUUCCCAGACUUUGAAUUCAGAAGACGACAAACCCCAGACAUUGAAUUCAGAAGAAGAAAAACCCAAGACUUUAGAUUCCCAGACUUUGAAUUCAGAAGAAAACAAACUCCGGACUUUGAAUUCAGAAGAAGAAAAACCCCAGACUUUGGAUUCCCAGACUUUGAAUUCAGAAGAAGACAAACUCCGGACUUUGAAUUCAGAAGAAGAAAACCCCCAGACUUUGGAUUCCCAGACUUUGAAUUCAGAAGAAGACAAACUCCGGACAUUGAAUUCAGAAGAAGAAAAACCCCAGACUUUGGAUUCCCAGACUUUGAAUUCAGAAGAAGACAAACUCCGGACUCUGAAUUCAAAAGAAGACAAACUCCAGACUUUGAAUUCCCAAACUCUGAAUUCAGAAGAAGACAAGCUCCAGACUUUGAAUUCAGAAGAAACAUCCAAGACAGUAACACAGGAGGUGGCAGAUUCAGAGGAUGAUGCAAACUCAAAAAACACAGCUGAUGUGUCUCAAAGAGAUACUAAAAUGCAAAACAAUGCUGGAAAAUCUGAAGAAAAUGACAUGAAUGAAUCACAACAGGAUCCUGUUGAAGAAACAACCAAAUCUUCAAAAGAGGUUGAGAUUGAAGAUCCAGGACAUGCGUCUUCUCCGUCUGGAGAAGAAAACACAAAAUCAAAAGCAGACCCAGAAUCGUAUUUGAAAAUGGAUGAAGGUCAAGACGCCAAAUCUGAUCCACAGCCAUCGCUGGAUGUUACGAAAAUCUCCCAGACGGAUGAAAAUAAACUUGAAUGUUCAUCUGAAGCACAGAAUGUGAUACAAACUCUGAAUGAAGCCAUCAGUGCACCGCAAACGAUUGGCUGGGACGCCGGUCGAUCCAUAAUCAAACAGAUCACCGAACCAGAGCCUUCCCUAUCCAAACAAUCUCCGGACAUGUCCGACGACUCGCCCUCGGCACUGGAAAUGGAGGAUAUUGCUUCGUCUGUGGUUUAUAUGUCCUCGGAGAGCAGCGUUUCCAGGACGCCUCUGACUUUGGCUCGUCCCAUGGCACCGGAGAAGAUAGUCGUGGGAAUGCCGGCUCUGGAGCUCUGCAUGGAGCCGAGCAUCAACACCAGUCCGGAGGGAACAGACUCGGCUCUCUCUGAGGAGGAACCGGAAAUGGACAACUCAUUCCCCAAACCAGACUCUCUAGCCGUCACAGGAGACAAGAACGACAUUGUGUCUCCAGUAUCAUCUAUCGGGACCACCUACUCGCAGGAGCAGGUUGACCUUUACACACUUAAUCUGCACCGCAUUGACAAAGACGUCCAGCGAUGUGACAGAAACUACUGGUAUUUCACCCCAGACAACCUGGAGAAACUGCGCAACAUCAUGUGCAGUUACGUUUGGCAGCACCUUGACAUUGGAUACGUCCAGGGAAUGUGUGACCUACUAGCGCCCCUGCUGGUCAUCCUGGAUGAUGAGGCCAUGGCCUUCAGCUGCUUCACUGAGCUCAUGAAACGAAUGAACCAGAACUUCCCUCACGGAGGAGCCAUGGACACACACUUCGCCAACAUGCGCUCCCUCAUCCAGAUUCUGGACGCCGAGCUGUUCGAGCUGAUGCAGCAGAACGGUGAUUACACACACUUCUACUUCUGUUACCGCUGGUUUCUCCUGGACUUCAAGAGAGAAAUGGUGUACGAUGACGUGUUCUCGGUGUGGGAGACCAUCUGGGCCGCGCGUUACACCUCCUCGGAGCACUUCGUGCUGUUUAUCGCGCUGGCGCUGGUGGAGCUGUACCGCAACAUCAUCCUGGAGAACAACAUGGACUUCACCGACAUCAUCAAGUUCUUCAACGAAAUGGCCGAGCAUCACGACGUCCCGAAGCUGCUGCUUAUGGCCCGAGAGCUGGUGCACAAGGUCCAGAUCCUGAUUGAGAACAAGUGAACCCACUUCCUUUAGCAAUCUGAAGACGCUCAGUGUCAUUAAACUAACCCUCAGCUCAAACAAAUGCCAAACUAGUGUUGCUUUCAUCUGCCCAGACUUAAUAUUAUUGUAUUAUUCGAUUAAUUUAUAGCGAAUGCAUAGUGAAAUAUGAAGUUGUAAGAGUAAACGUGACUGCGAAUAGAAAAAAGAUGAAGAGAGAUAUUAUAAAAAAAUAAUAAAUAAUGUAGGAUGCUCUUGAGAAUAGUUUUAUACGAGGUCGUGGAUGGCUAUGAAAUAUAUAAAGAUGAUCUAUGAAUGGCAGGGAUGGCGUGCACCCUUUCUAAAACUAGAGGUUUUCUAAAAGCACAAAGUAUUAAAAUUAAUGCUGUAUAUUUAUUUAUUUUUUUAAAUGUGUGAAAAUUAAGACAUAAA